AUGCUAAACUGUAUCAAGAAUGCAUUACUAUACAUAAAAUUGAAGCAUGUUCCACUCGACACUAAACUUUGCGUUGUCACCAUAUUAAAAGAAUUACUAAGUAUUGUGUUCUAUAUCAUAUUUACCUUGUCAUAUUUAGCCCAUUCAGUGGAGGCAGAGACAGAUAAAAAGAAAAUCGCAUUGGCAAAUUUAAAUAAAUGCCACGAAGCGUUAGAUUUGGAGACUUCAAUAACAACGGCAAUGCUUUCAUCUUGUUUUAAAGCGAGCAACGCGAUAAUAAAAGCAGAGGACACUUGCUUGACAAUGGCAGCAUCUGGUUAUUAUGAUGAUGUGUUUUAUUGCUCUGUUUUGCAAAUAGAAGUACCAGUUCGAAGAGUUUAUGUGUGCCGCCUUUUUGAAUCUGGUGGAUUUCAAGGAUAUUUUCAUAACGAAGGGCAGUGUUUUAUUCAGCAACGCUUAGGUUUAACGAAUGACCUGUUACCCUACCAUGUCUAUACAAUGGAUGAUGUCAACAUGGAAAAAAUCAGAUCUAGAAAAUUAUACCAAACAAUGCGCAAUUCUGAAAAUUGCAACGAAAAAAAGAAGAAUGUAACUUCAAGGAAUAUAAAAGGCAACAAAAAUAGUUUUUACAAUACUAUGAGCUCGAUUAUGCCAACCAUACAGUCAGAAAAAGUGAAAUGUCUAUUUGUUUUUGGUAUUACGUUGCACAACAGCCAAAAGUUUGAGGCAAAUGAAAAUAAAAUUGAGAAUCGUCACGUUAUAUGCGAUAAUAAAGAAAUUUGUUCAACACUCCAACCUCAAAUUGUCAAAUAUCGUUCCAAGUCAACAUUUUCACAAAGCAUACGGAGAUGUCUCCUUCAGCAAUAUCCCUCUGUGAUUUCUCUGAACGAUCAGUUUUCUAUUAUUUCAUCUUUAUCAAACCACCAUCGGUGGGACUGGCCUGCUAGUUCCUCACAAUUGAAGUAUGAACAACGGUUUUCCACAUCUAUGAAGUACUAUCCCGGGUCACCAAGAAACCGGAUCAUACAAGCAUGGUGUUACAGAAAUGACCCAGGAAAUAUAAUUGACGCGUGCCUGAACAAUUUGUUCGGUUCCAAAUGCGAAAUUCCGUAUUCAAAAAAGAGGUCUGGAGAACCUUAUCGGAAACGAUAUCCUGUUGCAGUAAGGUCAAAACAAGCGGCAACUAUAACACCAGCCAUUUAUCCAAACUUGGCAGAUGAUUACGGAACAAAUCUUUAUAAAUAUUUCUGUGGUGAAUUAUUCCGUCAUAACCGUCUUCACUGGAGAUUAAGAAACGAAAAUAAACAAGUUGUUGCUAUGGGUGGUUACAACAGCUACAGUGGAGACUUUAUGCUUCUUACAAUCAUUACAUAACAAUAUACGCCAGACAUAGACGGACGGUAACAACAGACACGGUUACGAGCUAUUAAUUUUUUUCCUACUUUUAUUUAUACUGAUUUUUUGCCUUAAAAUGUUCUCCACCUAUAAAUAACAUUUUAAU